AUGGUAGUGCUAGCUGUGGCCGGCCACUCGUUGGCCGCAGAACUCGAGGGCACGGACCUCUCCAAUCUCUACGAGGCCAUAGACAGAGACGCCGUACAUGGGCUCAAUCUGACCGUGCCAGAGGAUGCAAAGGCUAUCAUCAAGCCAUGGAACGAACGCGAUGAUACCACGAGAUACAUCGAGUCUUCUGUAGACGAUGAGGUCAUCAUACACGUCCCAUUCACCCAAAGUGUCCGAGUAAAGGCCAUACUGCUCAAGAUCGGCAGAGGGGAGUAUGCACCUCGCCGAAUGCGCGUAUAUGCCAACCACCCAAACAUAGUCGGCUUUGAGGACGUCGAGAGCACCAAGUCGCAGCUCAAUAUUGCCCUUCUCGAGGGAGAGACGGGCGUGGUCGAGUACCCCGUCCGUGUGGCCUCGCUGACGAGCAUAUCGUCGCUGACUCUGUACUUUAGCCAUACCGUAGGAGGAGAGCAAGUGCGGAUGUAUUAUGUUGGGUUCAAGGGCGACGUGAAGACACCUAGACCAGAGGCGACACAGAAGAUAGAGAUCCCUGCCGCGAAUGCGGGAGAUGCGCCUGUUGUGGACAAGGCAGCUGAGAGAGCGGCUGCACGGCAGAGUACGGCAAGGUAG